UUUCGGUAGCAAAGCUGCGACGAGCCUCCCUUGUAAUUAUGACAUCUAUUUAAUGUAAGGGUGAGAUCUGUUUGCUGUUGUCUUUGGUAGGUUGUGCGGUUGGAAAAUACGGUUGUGGGCUACGGUGCGUUCUAAGUCACUUGCUGUGUAAUUCAACAGCCCGAUGUGUCAGCGUAAAGGCACUGCAGCGGGACUGGAGACGGGACAGUAGAGUCCUUAGUACUGGUCUCUCCAUACAGGCUGGGGGGCUGAGUGUUUAUUUGCUUUUUUACCCCACAGAAUGAUGGUUGACAGAACUGCGCUGUAUCUACAGUGCUAAAGGAGAAAGCAAGCAGGAGUGGUCACCAUGGCGAGCAACAUUCCAACGCCGACGAACACAGAGGCCCAGCGAUCCACGUUUUUUUGCCCGCUGUGCCUUAGCAACUAUCCUCUGGCAGCAACAAGCAAACUGCAUGCAUGCGACUGUGUCUUCUGCACUUCGUGUUUGCAAGAGUAUGCACAACUGGCAGUUCGAGAGGGCGGGGGUGCCCCUAUCACCUGCCCUGCCAUGCCAUGCCUGAGGAACGGAAUCCUGCUGGACUCAGAGAUCACAGACUUUGCUCCAGACCAAGUUCAGCUCUACCAACGGCUCAGGUUCGAAAGAGGGGUGCACCAUGACCCCACUAAGGCCUGGUGCCCAGUGUUGGAGUGCCAGGCAGUGUGUGCCAUCAGGCCCAGCCCAGAGGGCCAGCUCACGCCCGUGCCAUGCCUGGCCUGUUGUGCAGUCUUCUGCUCACUGUGCAGGGGGCCCUGGCAAGAUGGGCACACCUGCCCGGAGAGUCAGCCACUGACGUCACUGCCAGACCCAGGGGGCAGCAUCCACCUCGGCAGUGAGCCCGCGGCCGUGAAGCAGUGCCCUGUGUGCGGUGUCUACAUCGAGCGGAACCAGGGCUGCGCCCAGAUGCUGUGCAAGAGCUGCAAACACACCUUCUGCUGGCACUGCCUCCAGAACCUGGAUGGUGACAUAUUCCUGCGACACUAUGACAAGGGGCCAUGCAGGAACAAGCUUGGACACUCCCGAGCCUCUGUCAUGUGGAACAGAACACAGGUGGUGGGUAUCCUGGUGGGCGUGAGCAUCAUCGUGCUGGUGACCUCUCCUCUGCUCCUCCUGGCCUCACCCUGCAUUGUGUGCUGCGUCUGCAAGCCCUGUGGAGGCAGCAAGAAGAAGAAGAAGAAUAAUGACCUCAGUCUACGUGAUUCCGCUGUAUAGAAAUGGACGCUACCACCACCCCGCCCUCUCACUCCUGCCCCUCCUCCUCCAAGCCCACGUGCUAAUUUUACACAACCUUUAAUAGACCGGUUUUGCUGGAUACAGAAGUGCCUACUACAUCGUGCCUGAUGUGUAAUGGUCCAGAUUUGCCUUCCAUUCUAUUAUGUUAAGAUAAACAAAUAGCUACACAAUACAUAGAACCACAAGAACAAGUAAAUUAAGUGCUAGAUAAAUGGCAGACAUUAUUUCAUGUUGUGAAAGUGGGUACUGCAUUACUUUCUGAAUUGGAUGCUGGGUUAUAUUAAUCUAAGCUAGUAUCUAAUUCAGUAAAUAAUGUGGCCAUCAGCAGUUCCUGCAUUAAAAUCAUUCCUGGCACAACUUUUCAUGAUUACAGUAGGUUUUCAAUGCCAAAGGCCAAUGGUGUGUGCGUGUGUGUGAAUGCAUAUGGCGUGCUAUAUUGUUUAUAGUAUUCUGUUCUUUGUUUAUGUAUCAAAUAUUUUGUACUGUCCUUCUGAAUCAAAUAAAUGCCAUGUAUUGACUUUGCAAAUA